AUGGCUAUUUCUCACUGGCUCCUCAUGUCUGCACUCUUUCUGCUGCUCCUUUUGGCACAGGUUUCGGCACAGGCACCAGGAUGUUCUCUCGACAACAACAAACCAAGCGUUCCUGAGAAUAAGUGUCCUUAUGUGGUGACCACCAUCCACGUGCAGCCAGGUUUCACCCUAACAAUUGAUUCCAGUUCCUCUGAUGGCCAAUUCUUCACCAUUGAGGGCACCGAGCUGCAGCUGACAAAGUGUGUGGACUAUGAGGAAGACACCGUGCUGCUAUUGUACCUGAUCUGCAAGGAUGCUGCCAGCCAGAGCAAUUCCUUUGUAAUCCUAGUCACCGUUCUGAACGAGAACGACAACAGCCCCGUGUUCGCACAGCCAAACCUCACCAGGGAUGUCCCAGAGGAUACAAAAGUGGACACAGCCAUUGUAGCCCGUGAAGAUGUAACUGCUAGUGAUGCUGACCUGGACACCAUCGACUAUGAACUCACUACCACAGUGCAGGACACAGACGGUUAUUUUGCCAUAAGAGGAGUUAAUAACCCAGAAAUUUAUUUACAAAAAGCAUUGGACUAUGACAAAUUUAAUUCAACAACGUUGCUCUUGUAUGCGAGGGACAGGCCUGUGAACAGCCCCGACCCCACCAACACGGCCACUGCAACCAUAACCAUCACCAUCAGGCAGAGUGACACCCGGGCACCCUGGUUCCUGCCCUGCAUCCUGCUCCACAACGACACCAGCGUCUGCAUCAGCAGCCCCUACUCCGGCAGGGUCAACAUCUCCGAGAUGUCGAGGGACCCGCUCGUCCUGGAGCCAGGACCCAUCUAUGCUGUUGACCCUGACUACACCAUCAGUGACAGGAUCGUGUACAGUAUUGUUGGGGGGAAUACAGACCAAGUGUUCUCAGUGGAUGCAGACACAGGGAAUCUAACCAUGAACAAAAUAGUGACUUCCCCAGAUUCCUUUCUGUUGCAAGUUAUGGCCACCCAGAUCAGCAACAUAAGGAAAUACUCUGUAGCCACUGUAGAGAUCAAGGUCAUCAAUAAAAGCAAUUUUCCACCCUACUUUGAGAAGGAGGUCUACAGCGGGACGGUGUUUGUUGGGCUGCCUCAGAGAAGCUUCGUCUACCAAGCUGGUGAUCCUUCUACCCCCCUGAUGAUAACAGCAAUGGAUCAGGAUUUCUCUGAUAAAGUCAACCCAAAUAUCAAGUACUAUCUCAAAAACAGCACCGAUUUCAUCGCAACCAGGGAUGGGCUCAUCCUGACCAACGUGGUGCUGGAGUCCCCAGGAACUGUGACUAUCCAGGCUGUUGGGAAAGAUGUGUUGAGCCUGCAGGAAGCAAGCACCAUAAUUGUGGUGGAGAUCAUCCUUGCCACAGCAGUGACCCCCUCUGACAAGAUGUACUCUGCUCAGGACAUGGCUGUCUUAGGGGGCACAUUAGCAGCACUGCUGUUAAUUGCCCUAGUCAUCCUGGGAGUGCUGAUAUGGAAAUCCUGCAGAUGGUACGGAAAACCUUUCAAACACCUGAUGAAGAAAAAGCUCUCCAAGGAAUUCUCUAGGGGUUACAAAUAUUACCAGGAGGAUGAACUGUCAGAUGGGAGCAACAAGCAGCAUGAGACAUCAGAAACCAGCAGCGUCCAGGCAGAGACUCCUGUGCCAGAGCAGCCAGCACUUGCCCUGCACUCCUCCAGGGCAGAGGAAACGGAGAGUCUCCCAAAGGGCUCCAUAGCUCCCACUGUUAUCUUUGACCAGGAAGAGAAAGAAGAAGAAAAGGAAGAAGAGGCUGGACAGGAGAAGGAAGUGAAGUCAAUCCUCAAAACAGACCGGCACGUGGCAGAUGAUGGCUACAAAGCCGUGUGGUUUAAGACUGACGUGGACCCCGAGGCUGGAGAGAGGGUUGAGGUGAUUGAGGACAGUGCAGCAGCAGAUGAUGAUGAAGAUGACAGUGACCAAGAUCUGCAGAAGAAUGAAGAAGAGGAGGAAGAAGGUUCUGACACAGACAGUCACCACCGAGGGCUGGGAGUGUCCUUUGCCUCAGAGAGCUCGUCACCCCCAGCAGUGGUGACAGUCAACUUGCCCCACACAGAUGCAGGAACAGAUGACUCUGAGCUAUAA